UUAUUAAUCAUCACCAAAUACAACCGGUGAAAUUCGAUACUGAGAUAAUGGACUCACAAGAUUACAAAGUGUUCGUAUUUAGAUACAUACAACACUGAGUUUUGAUUUGUUUGUUCCUCUCCAUGGUGCAAGUAGAAAGAGGGAAAAAGAGAAGUCGCUGUAAGAGACCGGACUCUGAGGAAAUGAGGGUGUGUCUUUGGGAAACGUAACACAUGAUUGUGUUAUAUAUCGCUCUUGAUCUAUUUUUUUUUUAUUUUUUUUGGACAACAUCGCUAUUGAUACUAACACAUUUGAUGAAUAUAUAUAUAUAUAUAUAUAUAUAUAUAUAUAUAUAUAUGGAUAUUCAAUCUUUUGUAUAAGCGGUAAUUUGAAUGAAAAUAAUGGAGAUCGUGUCAGAUUUUAUGAUUCAAUCUUCCUCGGAAAAUGUUACACAUUUAUUUCACCCACUCACGUGUAUAUGUACUACAUACAUUUACAUUAUCCAUCUUGUUAGGGUUUACAGUUACACUUUAUAUACGGACGAAAAAGGAGAGCCCUUUGAGAUAUCAACAUGUUCGACCAUAUCAAAGAGUUAAUUAAGCGAUAACCGAGUGGAAAAUAUUUAUUUGCAUUCAAUUUUUGUUUAUUUAGGAGAUCUUGACGUUUUCCAUAAUGUUCAAAUAUAUAUCGAGAUUUUAUAGCCAAUAAGCUUCACUAUAUAACUCGAUUAUUUACAAUUUUCUUUGAUAAACCAUAGUAACACGAACAUGGCAAUUAAAUAUAACUACACAAUUUAAAUGCAAAUAUAUAUAUAUAUAUAUAUGUAUAUAUAUAUACAGACCUGUAUACAUUUAUAUAUUAUAACUAUUUUGAUAUACUACGUACCUAAACAAAUGAUCAAAACUUGUAUGCAAAUGUACAUGUAUAUAUAGUUGGCGGUUGGGUGGCUUUAAUAAAAAUAAGAUACAGGGAAAAAUGGAUAAAUACUAAAGAGGGAAACCCUAUCAUGCAUGAUUGCAGCCUGCAUGCGCAAUUUGUAUGAUUAUAAUGCAGACCAAAUCAUAUCAUAUAUAUGUGCAAAAAAUACAUAUCCUUCUCAUAUAUUUAGAUACAUGUAGAUGUAUAUAUAUAUGUAUAUACAUUAUAUUGCUUUUGAGGUGAUAUACAUAAGAAACUUGUCACAUCAGGAUCGCUGAUAUAUUAUAAGAUAACAUUUAGUUUAUUGGAACACUAAUCAAGAAACGAUAUAUAGCGUCCCUCCCUCUUUUGAAGUUUCAUAGAACUUUCGUGUAUUUUAAGAAUUUGUGUUUAUUACACACACUUUUAUACAUGAACGAGUUACGUAGAUGUAUAACUUUGAAAUAAGGUGCAGAAUUUUCUUCAUGGAAAAUGAUAUAUUCACCAUCUUAUAUAACUAGUCACGACGAUGAUACACGUCUUUCUUGUUAACAACAAUCAUGGAUAACACCCAAAUCUUGAUGAAGAUGUCCCCAUGCGAGUGAUUUGAUGUGAUAUUUGUAUCCCUUUAACCACGUCGCAAACAUAUACAACUCAUGGAGAAAAUGCAAGUUGAUAUUUGCUUUAAAUUAGCAUUUCAAGUCUCACACACAAUUUACAUUCAGUAUUGUAAUCUAUCGAGAGGGAGAGAGAUAAUCACAACCGUUGAUUGGAAUUUGAGUAUACGAUCAACAAAAUGUGCUAUUUAGUGAAGAGACAAGUGAAUGAGAGAAAAUUUAUCAAUAUUUCCUAAUUUGAGGUGAAUGGGGUUUGCGAAGAGAGAAUGAGAUAAAGAGCUUGAAAAUUGAGAAGUCAGAAUAAGAGCACACAAGUGGUGACAUCUUUUAAAAAUCAAAGAGGAACUCAUGUUCAUAUAAAGUAAUUCACAUCUUUAUUAGUUAUUACUUUGGUGAAAGCUACUUUCUCAAUCUGCCUUAAGUAUUAAUGUGAAAGUUUGAAACCCUAGCCAACUCUGUUAAUUCUGAUUUUAACAAAAUAAUGUAAAAUCUAUAAAGGAAUGACAGGGUUUGUAAGAUUUACAACAUUAGAUGCAGCCUGUAGAAAGAUAGUCUCGUUGGCGUUGCUCUUUUAAAAGUUUAUUGUCUGCAAUAGUGCAAACUAUACUUAUUUACAAAUUAAUACGAUUAUAACAAUUUAUUUAUUGUAUCGGCCAGUGACGUCCACUUAUUGGAAAAAUAUAAAUAUAUACAAUUCUUAAAUUACAUAUAUUUUUAUCCGCACCAAAAAAUAUCUUUAUUGCAUCACCAACCUAACCCCUCAUCAUAUGAUGAUCACCUUUCUUUUUCUUUUUCCUUUAAAACUAUAUGCACAUUCACAGACAUACAUGUAUAAAUAUAUAUUAUAUCUGCCUCAAAGGCAUUAACAUUUUCACAAAUCAAACAGACACAAAAGUAUGAAUAAUAAUAUGAACCCAUCUCUCUUCCAAAAUUACACUUGGAACAACAUCAUCAACAACAAGAGUGAUGAUCAUCAUCAUAACGAUCCAAUCGGUAUGGCCAUGGACCAACACACCCACCUCCACAUCUUCAAUCCUUUCACUUCAUCUUCUUCUCAUUCUCAUUUCCCUCCUCUCUCUUCUUCCCUCGCAACCACCACUACUCUUUUCUCCGGAGAUCAAGAAGAGGAUGAAGACGAAGAAGAGCCUGUAGAGGAACUAAGUGCUAUGAAAGAAAUGAUGUACAAAAUCGCAGCCAUGCAGCCCGUCGACAUCGAUCCAGCAACCGUCAAGAAACCCAAACGCCGUAACGUUAGAAUCUCCGACGACCCUCAGAGCGUGGCAGCGAGACACCGUCGUGAGAGAAUCAGCGAGAGGAUCAGAAUCCUCCAGAGACUCGUGCCGGGUGGCACCAAGAUGGAUACAGCUUCAAUGCUCGACGAAGCAAUACGCUACGUCAAGUUCUUGAAACGGCAGAUCCGGCUUCUCAAUAAUCCUCCUCCGCCGCAAGAUCAAGCUUCUCAGGCGAUGAAGACGUCAUGGAUUUCGCCGCCACCACCGUCAGAUUUCGGCAGUGAAGGAGGAGGAGGUGAACUGAUUUAAAUCAGGUUACAUUUCCAUUAAUAGUAGCUAAAUUAUGUUAUAAAGUGUGAGUAAUGGUGCAAUUAUGGAAAGUGUUUAUAUAUAAAAAUGGAUACGAAGUAAGAGUUUGUUAGGAUGUUUUAUAUAUUGUUGUUGACCGAGAAAAGGUUGUGGAAUAAUCAUAACGGUUAGGUUGAAUUGUGUUGUGUACCACCAUAUAUUUAUAUAUUUAUGUUAUCAUUUCGUAUAUAUAAUAAUAAGGUCUUGAUUUGUAGUUUGGUUGUAUGCAAGUUCUGGCCGGGCAUUUUUCGGGAAUAAAAACCAUGACGCCAUGAAAACUCUAUUUAAAUAGUGUUAUCAUUACUGUGGAUUUUGUCUUUGUAUACACACAAUGUAUAUAUUUGCAUUAUAUAUUAUAGAUCAAAUAUGAAUAAUGAGUGUACUUCAUUGUUGCAUCGCUCACACAUAUUCAUCUCUUUUUAUACAAGGGGCACAUAUCCAUCUUUACAUGCAUAUACACCUCAAACUGAUCACGUUACUGUCAUUUGUUGCGUUUAGCCGUUGAGAAAUUACCUGCAUAUAUUCAGUUUAUAUAUGUAUGCUUGUAUUGCGUAUAUAAUAUGGACCAAUUUUAACAAUUAUUCAGUACAACAACCUUAAUUUUAUGACAAAGUUAUUCUAGUUAAGUUAAUAGACAAAACUAAUAAUCUAAUAGACAAAACCUAUUCAAUUAUACUUUCGUUUUUGGUUUUUAAAAUCUCUUUAAGUAAACAUAGUAUCUAUUUACAUAGGCUCAAAUGAUCCUUCAUAAUGAGAAUGUAUUUAACCUUGUACGAGUUUACUAUUAUCAUAUUCAUCCCUUGAAAUGAAAGCUUGUUAUAUAGUAUAUAUAAUCUCAUGUAAACGGUUAUGGGUGUCGAUAUACGUACACAUAACUAGAUACACCACAUAUAAAAGGAGCAUAUUGGCACAUUUAUAUAGAGGAUGGCGCAGAGAAAAUGUACUUGCUCGUUUGUCUUUCGAAUUUAUGAAUCGAAGUCCAAUUAAAACAGUUGCAACCUCAUUUACCUUCCCAAGAGUAAAAAAGAAAACCUUUGACAACAAACAAACAUUAAAAAC